GGAGUUGCUAUAAUUCAUAUCAAUCAACCAGUCUUUGUAGCCUGUUUCACUUUUUCCUAACCGAAAAAAUGCCUGAAAAAUCAAUCCCUCUUCUCACUCCAUACAACAUGGGAAAAUUUGAGCUCUCUCACAGGAUUGUGUUGGCACCAAUGACAAGAUCAAGAUCAUAUGGUUAUGUACCUCAACCUCAUGCAGCAUUGUACUACUCUCAGAGAACUACCGAGGGAGGCCUCCUCAUAACCGAGGCCACCGGCGUCUCCGAUACUGCCCAGGGUGUUACUAUGUACCCAGAGACUCCAGGAAUAUGGACAAAUGAGCAGGUGGAGGCAUGGAAGCCAAUCGUGAAAGCCGUGCAUGACAAGGGUGGGAUCUUCUUCUGCCAGCUCUGGCAUGUUGGAAGAGUCUUCAAUGUUGGUCAGCCAAACGGGCGAGUGCCCAUCGGCUGUAGCGACAAAGCCAUUCAGCAAGAAGGAUUCUUUCCCCCUCGAAGAUUAAGAACCGACGAAAUCCCUCAAAUUGUCAAUGAUUUCAGACUUGCUGCGAGAAAUGCAAUUGAUGCUGGCUUUGACGGAGUAGAAAUCCACGGAGCAGCUGGCUACAUCAUUGACCAAUUCAUGAAGGACAGCGUCAACGACCGAACCGACGAGUAUGGUGGCAGCCUAGAAAACCGCUGCCGCUUUCCUCUCGAAAUAGUCUCCGCCAUAGUCGAUGAAAUCGGAGCUGAUCGAGUCGGAAUCCGACUGUCUCCUUUCGCAAAAUUCUUGGACGCCUAUGACUCCAAUCCAGAGGCCCUUGCGAUGUACAUGGUCGAGUCCCUAAACAAAUACAAUAUUCUCUAUGUUCAUAUGUUUGAAGCGGUGAUGGCCAGUGCCGAUGGACCGAGGCCGCAUAGCUUGUCGCCGAUGAGGAAGAAGUUCAACGGGACGUUCAUCGCCGCCGGUGGGUUCGAUAGGGAGGAAGGAAAUAAGGUGGUGGAUGAAAAUUACACUGAUUUGGUUUCAUAUGGUAAGAUGUUCUUGGCUAACCCUGACUUGCCUAGGAGGUUUGAGCUUGACGCUCCCUUAAACAAGUACGAUUACACUACUUUUUAUACCCCGGAUCCUGUUAUCGGGUACACGGAUUAUCCAUUUCUCGACUCUUCAGCUUAGGGAGAUGGUUCCUUUUGGUUUGAAUAAGCUUAGGGAGAUAGUUCAACGAAAGGAUAUUUGAUGCGUUCCUUGAGCUUUUAUGUCAUGAAGAGGGGACAAGCUGAUUUAUUGUCAUGUAAUAAAGGAGAGAUGUAAUCUCAUGAAGAGUAUGCAUCUUCAUUUAUGAAUUAAGUGGAGUCUAUGCUGAGUUAUCUUGUUCUCAA